AGAAGCAAAGAGAGAGACUAGACUAAAGCAGAAAAACCAAAAACCCUAAAAAAAAAAAGAAGAAGCCUGUUUUCACAUUUUCGCGGCUUUCUUCUCCUUGUAUUUAUCUCUGAAGUCGUGCAUUGAUGUGAAAGGAGAAGAAGCUUGAAGACAGACAAAAUUAAAGUUGACGAAACCAAUGCUUCUGGUGGAAUUUUGAGCUUUAGAGCGAUCUUUUUGGUCUUGCUCUUGAGGCAGAGAACUCAGACAGUUUUUUGUCUGUUUGUUGGUGUCAGAUCCAAAAUCAAGAGGCUGUAAUAGCUUUGACUUAGAAGUGAUUUGACACAAGGAAGGAAGAAGAUUCAAAAAAGUGAUUGGAUUUUGAGAGGAUAGGAAUCUAUUUGGUCGCUUUUGCUUUUUAUUAGCUCCUCCUAUUCUGGGGAAAUUCGAGGCAUCUUUUGUUUUUCUUGGGAGAAUUUUGGGAUCUUGGGUUUGAAUCAAAUAAGGAUCUUCUGUGUUCUUGAAGUUUCAUGUGAUUCAUUGGAUCAGAGGGAAAGAAGAGGUCUUGUCAUGUCUGUGAGUUUUGUAUUCAUCUGCUGCAAGGUCUUACUGGAAUGACUAAUCAAAGGAGAGAGUCUUUGGUUCUUGUCUUGAUUUUCAACUUGGUGGGGGCAUAGCCCAAAUAAUGCAUUGCUAAAAUCCUGGUUUCUUCCACAAUCUUGUGAGCUUUUUUAUCUCUCCAACAAAAGUACAAUUUCUCUGAGGAUUGUGCUAUUUUUAUACAGAGAAAACAAAAAGAGGGUCCAAGAAAUCUCUUGCAUUUCUCUUAUUUUUUGUAUUGGUAUCUUCAAAUGAGUCAACUACAGAAGCGAGGGAAACAGGAAAAGCCUGUAACUUCUGAUGGAGCUGAAAAGGUUAUUGUGGCUGUUAAAGCGUCUAGGGAGAUUCCAAAGACAGCCUUGAUUUGGGCUUUGACUCAUGUUGUUCAGCCUGGGGAUUGCAUUACUCUUAUUGUUGUUGUCCCUUCUCACAACUCUGGAAGAAAACUUUGGGGUUUCACUAGGAGUUUCCCUAUGUUUGCUGGGGAUUGUGCAAGUGGUCAUCGGAAAUCACAUUCCGAAGCACUACCAGAGAUUAAAAGUGAUCUCACUGACACUUGUUCCCAAAUGAUUCUCCAGCUUCAUGAUGUUUAUGACCCGAAUAAGAUAAAUGUCAAGAUUAAGAUUGUUUCUGGAUCACCCUGUGGAGCAGUUGCUGCUGAGUCGAAGAAAGCGCAAGCAAACUGGGUAGUCAUGGACAAACACCUCAAGCAGGAAGAGAAACGGUGUAUGGAUGAACUGCAAUGUAACAUUGUGGUGAUGAAGCGUUCUCAGGCAAAAGUUCUACGGUUAAACUUGGUUGGAUCGCCUAGGAAAGAUGCUGAAAAAGAGUCUCCCUUACUAUCUGGACCAGAAGCUGCAUCUGAGAAACACACGAAGAACACUAAAGGAUCGUUAGAUUCUGAUAGAGGACUACCUGUCACUCCUACUAGUAGCCCUGAGCUGGGGACACCAUUCACAAGUACAGAAGCCGGGACUUCAUCAGUGUCGAGCUCUGACCUGGGAACUUCACCUUUUUUCACAUUGGGAAUGAGCGGAUACAUGAAGAAGGAUGGAGCAUUGGUGAUCAAGGAGAAUGAUGGUCUUGAUGAUUCUGGCUCUGAAACAGAGAGCGAAAACCAAUCAUUAGCGUCAACGAGUAUGAGAUUCCAGCCAUGGAUAUCAGAAUACAUUGGCACCCAUCGCCACUCAUCCCAGGAGGCUGAAGAAAGCCUAUGGAAAAACGAUGACAUGGCUCAAAUAUCCACUACAAAGGCUUUGCUUGAGAAGUUCUCUAAACUUGAUGUUGAAACUGGAUUUUCGUCUAGUCGAAGGAUUGAUUUAGAGUUUAGUGGAAACGUAAGAGAUGCAAUAUCACUCUCUCGAAGUGCUCCUCCUGGUCCACCUCCUCUCUGUUCUAUUUGCCAGCACAAGGCGCCAGUAUUUGGGAAACCCCCAAGGCUGUUUUCAUAUGCUGAGUUAGAGCUUGCAACAGGUGGGUUUUCACAGGCUAACUUCUUGGCUGAGGGUGGGUAUGGAUCUGUUCAUCGGGGUGUGCUACCGGAAGGCCAGGUAGUUGCAGUAAAGCAACACAAACUGGCCAGCUCUCAAGGAGAUGUAGAGUUUUGCUCCGAAGUGGAAGUUCUCAGCUGUGCUCAGCACAGAAACGUCGUUAUGCUAAUUGGUUUCUGCAUUGAAGACAGCAGACGGCUGUUGGUCUAUGAAUACAUAUGCAAUGGUUCACUUGACUCACAUCUAUACGGUCGUCAAAAGGAAACUCUGGAAUGGCCAGCACGGCAAAAGAUUGCUGUUGGAGCUGCAAGAGGUCUUCGGUAUCUUCACGAAGAGUGCAGAGUUGGCUGUAUUGUCCACCGAGACAUGCGUCCUAACAACAUCCUCAUCACUCAUGAUAAUGAGCCACUGGUUGGAGAUUUUGGUCUAGCAAGAUGGCAGCCUGAUGGGGAACUGGGUGUAGAUACACGAGUGAUAGGAACCUUCGGCUAUCUAGCUCCAGAAUAUGCUCAAAGCGGGCAAAUCACAGAAAAAGCUGAUGUCUACUCGUUCGGGGUUGUUCUAGUUGAGCUAGUCACUGGCCGCAAAGCCAUUGAUAUCACCAGGCCGAAAGGCCAGCAAUGCCUCACUGAAUGGGCACGUCCUCUACUGGAAGAAUAUGCGAUAGACGAACUUAUCGAUCCGAGGCUUGGGAACCAUUUUGUAGAAAGUGAGGUCAUUUGUAUGCUUCAUGCAGCUUCAUUGUGCAUACGUAGAGAUCCACAUUUGAGGCCACGCAUGUCUCAGGUGUUGCGUAUACUGGAAGGAGAUAUGAUAAUGGAUGGAAACUACGCAUCAACUCCAGGUUCAGAGGCAGGCAACAGAAGCGGGAGGUUCUGGGUGGAUCAUUACAGCGGUCAGCUAACGAAUGAUGGGUCGGAUAGGUUCAGUGAAAGGCUGUCUGUUGAAACGCCAAGACUAGCUUUGAGGGAGAGGGAAAGAAGCCAGAGGUUUGAACUAAACCAUAACAAGCAAUACUAAUCACACAAGUUUGGCUUAUGAUAAGUUUAGUUGAUAGGGUAUUUAGUAAAGUCCUUUGUUUUAAGUAAUGUGGUCCAAAGCUGGCAACACAGCUUUUUUUGUUUGUAUAGUGGGGUAAGAUGCAAAAACAGUUGCUAAAUAUGUUAUCAAGGUAUUUUAAAUUGUUUUUGGUAAAGGAAUUAUCAAAAGAACAAAACAACGAGGCUUAUUCUC